GAGAUCUUGAGGCGCGGCUCCGCCCGACGGGGGUGGGCGGUGGAGCAGAUCUGCGGCGUUGGGGUGGUGGGCCUGAGGUCUGAACCGAGGGGCCGGGAGGGGGUCGGCGCCGCUCUGGGAAGAGCGGGGAGUGAAACUAUGUAGCCUUUUAAUAGGAAAAAUGAAGAAACAAGUCACAGAUUGGGAGAAGAUAUUUGCAACAUCUUUUGGUGUCCAGAUCUGUAAAGAACUACCAAUCAUAAGAAAAAGGCCAAGAACCCAUUAGAAGAGUGGUCAAAAGACAUGAUAAGAAAUGAACUAGCCUGACGUUACUAAGAAGCGUUGGCUAGGAUGUGACAUGAAGAAGGGAAAUGCUCAUGGACUUUGCAUGGAGGUUGGAAGUGGUCCAGCGUUGUCAGCAUCUGGGGAAGGUGCAGGUGGAUGCAUGCCGCAGUGUCUCUCCUAGCAACAUUCCUGGAUAUGUGCUCCAGGAACACAUAAGGGAGACUCUUUUUGCCCCAUCUGAAGUCCAUAUGGCUCUGUAUGAUGAGGACCUCCUGAAAAAUCCCUUCUAUCUGGCUCUUCAAAAGUGGCGUCCUGACUUGUGCAACAAGGUGGCCCAAACCCGUGGCAUUAGAGGCAAGCCCACUUCAUAGACAGUUGUGAUCUUCCAUCAACGAGGGCCUCCCUUUUCUGCCGUGAGCAAUUGGCGUAUCCCUCGUGGGGAGAGAAGCUCUUUCUGACCUGCCUGAGGAAGCUCCUAAUGACAGCUGCUCUUGAAGGCCCCAGAGUUUCGUGGUGUCUUCACAGAGGAAACUCCAGCAUAUGCUGGGCUGUGCUCCCUGCUCCCAGCACUGGCCUCCAGGAGGCCACAGGACUGGGCUGUGGUGAGGUGUUAGUACCCUGCAAAGGAAGCCUGUCAGGCAGUGUUCAGUCUACUUGUCAGUUUGAGUCCUAUAUUUUGAUCCCAGUGGAAGAACACUUUCAGACCUUAAAUGGAAAGGAUGUCUUUAUCCAAGGAAACAGGAUUAAACUAGGAGCUGGUUUCGCCUGUCUUCUCUCCGUGCCCAUUCUCUUUGAAGAAACUUUCUACAAUGAAAAAGAAGAAAGUUUCAGCAUACUGUGCAUAGCCCAUCCUUUGGAAAAGAGAGAGAGUUCAGAAGAGCCUUCAACACCCUCAGAUCCCUUUUCCCUGAAAACCAUCGAAGACGUGAGAGAGUUUUUGGGAAGACAUGCAGAGAGAUUUGACAGGAACAUCGCCUCUUUCCAGCGAACGUUCAGAGAGUGUGAAAGAAAGAGCCUCCGUCAUCACAUAGACUCCGUGAAUGCUCUCUACACCAGAUGCCUCCAGCAGCUGCUGAGGGACUCCCACCUGAAAGUGCUCGCCAAGCAGGAGGCCCAGAUGAACCUGAUGAAACAGGCUGUAGAGAUGUAUGUCCAGCACGAUAUUUACGACCUGAUCUUUAAAUAUGUGGGGACCAUGGAGGCAAGUGAGGAUGCUGCCUUUAACAAAAUCACAAGGAGCCUUCAGGAUCUUCAGCAGAAGGAUAUUGGUGUGAAACCUGAGUUCAGCUUCAACAUACCUCGUGCCAAGAGGGAGCUGGCUCAGCUGAACAGGUGCACGUCCCCGCAGCAGAAGCUGGCUUGUUUGUGGAAGGUGGUGCAGCUGAUCACCCAGUCUCCCAGCCAGAGAGUUAACUUGGAGACCAUGUGCGCUGAUGAUCUGCUAUCAGUCCUGUUGUAUUUGCUUGUGAAAACAGAGAUCCCUAAUUGGAUGGCAAAUUUGAGUUAUAUCAAAAACUUCAGAUUUAGCAGCUCAGCAAAAGAUGAACUGGGAUACUGCCUGACCUCAGUUGAGGCUGCAAUUGAAUAUAUUCGGCAGGGAAGCCUCUCCGUUAAGCCACUGGAGUCCGAGGGGUUUGGCGACAGACUGUUCCUUAAGCAGAGAAUGAGCUUGCUGUCUCAGCUGACCUCAACUCCCAUUGACUGCUUGUUUCAGCACAUCGCAUCAGGUAACCAGAAAGAAGUGGAAAGACUUCUGAGCCAGGAAGACCGAGAUAAAGAUGCCGUCCAAAAGAUGUGUCACCCUCUGUGCUUCUGUGAUGACUGUGAGAAACUCGUCUCAGGGAGGCUGAAUGACCCGUCCAUUGUCACUCCAUUCUCCAGAGACGACAGGGGUCAUACACCGCUCCAUGUGGCUGCCCUCUGCGGGCAGGCAUCCCUCAUCGACUCUCUGGUUUCCAAGGGCGCGGUGGUGAACGCUACAGACUACCAUGGCUCCACCCCGCUGCAUCUUGCGUGUCAGAAGGGCUGUCAGAGCGUGACGCUGUUGCUGCUGCACUACAAAGCCAGCACCGAAGUGCAGGACAACAACGGCAACACCCCUCUGCACCUGGCCUGCACCUACGGCCACGAAGACUGUGUGAAGGCUCUGGUCUACUAUGACGUGCAGUCCUGCAGACUAGAUAUUGGUAACGAGAAAGGAGACACUCCCCUGCACAUUGCUGCCCGCUGGGGUUACCAAAGCAUCAUAGAGACGUUGCUACAGAACGGAGCGUCCACAGAGAUCCAGAACAGGCUGAAGGAAACGCCCCUCAAGUGUGCGUUAAACUCAAAGAUUCUGUCCAUGAUGGAAGCCCACCAUCCGUCCUUCGAGAGGGGGCAGAAGUCUUCAGAGGUAAGAGAACAGGGCUGUGCUUGCCGGCCCUACUUGAGACCAGCCUCUGUCUGGCCCUCACCCACCCCUCACCGGGCUCCCUGGCUGCAGGUGCCCGCGCGGCCCCCUCAGUACCCCGUGGAUUCCGUCAGCCAGGGCUCCUGCGCUUCCAGCUUCUCAUCCGCGUCGCUGAGCUCCAGGCAAGAGGAGCCCAGAAAGUUCUACAGGGAGCCCACAGAGCAGACCAUGGCGUGGAUGUGCCCAUCCCCUGCAGGUGGGGAGCCCUCACUGACUCCGCCCCGGGUUCCUCCUUCGCUGUCACCCCCAGGCUGUGACCUGCUCUCGGAGGGCCCAGUAGAAAAACUCUUAAGAGCCAUUGCUGAUGGAGACCUAGAAAUGGUGCGUUACCUGUUGGAGUGGACAGAGGAGGACCCGGAUGAAGCGGAGGAUGCUGUCAGGGCGGUGGAUCUUGAAUUUUGUCACCCCUUGUGCCAGUGCCCCAAAUGUGCUCCAGCUCAAAAGAAGCUGGCAAAGAUUCCUGCCAGUGGGCUUGGUGUGAAUGUGACCAGCCAGGAUGGUUCCUCCCCACUGCACGUUGCUGCCCUGCAUGGUCGGGCGGACCUCCUUCUCCUCCUCGUGCAGCACGGUGCCAGCGUGGGGGCCAGAGACGCAAAGCAGGCUGUCCCACUGCACCUGGCCUGCCAGAAGGGCCACUUCCAGGUGGUGAAAUGUCUACUAGAUUCUAAUGCAAAACCCAAUAAAAAGGAUAUAAGUGGAAACACACCCCUCCUUUAUGCUUGUUCCAGAGGCCACCACGAAGUUGCGGCACUGUUGCUGCAGCAUGGGGCCUCCAUUAAUGCUUCUAACAAUAAGGGCAACACAGCACUGCACGAGGCUGUGAUAGAAAAGCACGUCUUCGUGGUGGAGCUGCUUCUGCUUCAUGGAGCAUCAGUUCAGGUCUUGAACAAGAGGCAGUGCACAGCUAUAGACUGUGCUGAACAGAAUUCAAAAAUAAUGGAAUUGCUUCAGGUAGUACCAAGCUGUGUGGCCACGUUAGACGAUGUUGGAGAAACAGACCACAACGAGUACGUUACUGUCAAGAUCAGGAAAAAAUGGAACUCCAAAAUGUAUGAUCUACCAGAUGAACCUUUUACAAGACAGUUUUACUUUGUCCACUCAGUUGGUCAGUUUAAGGGAAGGACCUCAAGGGAGAUUAUGGCAAGAGAUAGAAGUGUCCCUAAUUUUGCUGAAGAUUCUUUGCAUGAGCCAGGGAGGCAAAGAGUCACUCGGAAGCAGAAUAACCUGCCAGACCAGAGCAGCUCUCAGACAGCUGACAAAGGAAACGAUGGUCAGCCGGAGAGGCCUGGACCGAGACAAACUGCUCCUGGACAGAGGCGAAUGCUCCGUAGACACAUAGUCAAUGAUGCGGUUGUACCCAAGGGCCCAGAGACUGCUGGCAACCUGACCGCUCCCCAAGAGGCUAGCAUUUCCCAAUCUUAAUAGUAAUAAGGAACUAUCUACUGCCAAGAAGUGAGUCCUCAACAAGAAGAUGCCAAGCCUGAGUACAGCUUAGAACUAAACGAACUUACUGUUUGUCUUGAGAGAAAAGCAGAAAGGUCCUGAAAGCUUUUCUGUGGCAGAUGGAAAGAAUGCAACAACUAAAAGUUAUCACCAUCUCUUUCCUCUUCAAAGCUAAUGGAUACACUUGAAAAGGAAUGGACAAAAGUUCCAGUAGUGUCCAGAUCCUUAAGACGCUUCUUCUUAUGUAUUAGGGUUCCUUGGUUACAGUGAGGUUUCAUCACCAGAUUCUGACCUCCUUCUACUGAAAGGUGCUAGACCUCUGGGAUGUGUAUAAACUUGCAAACCACAGCUAAAAGAAUUCCUCCCUCUGCGGUAAGCUGAAGAAAAGCAAUUUAGGUUUCAUGGUACCGUGGAGGCCGGGCGGAAAUGUUGCAUUGGAAUGAAGGAAAUAGGACCUGAAAAAUGUCCCUUUGCAAGCAACACUUGAACCCAAAGAUGCCUAAAUGCCAUUUUGAUGCUCAUUUUAGUUGAAAGGACACAUAUGACAUGUUCUACACUAUGUAUGUGGGGAAAGUUGGGUAUAAUUUUUCUUCUAAAAAAUUAAGUACAGAUAAUUGAUCACUGCACUUAUACACCUGUAGCAGUGUCUCUGGAAAAAUCCCUUUCCGUUAAGAGCCUCCCUUAAAUGUCACACCUGAUGGAUGGUUCCUGAACUAGACAGUAGACUUGGCACACCUUUUCUUAGUCUUUUGAUUCAAAAGAUUCAAAACUUACAGCACAAACCAGGUCAAAGUUACCUUAAAUUAGAAUUUAUUACCAUUUAUUCCUUUUUAUAAAUUUCUAUAGCUUAUACUCAUUUUUUUUGUUAUCAAUUGGUCUAGAGCUGCAAACGUGGGUUUGUCCAGAGUACAUUUUCAAACAACUUUGUAAUAGGAAAAUGGUUCUGUGCACGUUCUUGGAAACACUUGCGUAUGUACAGAAGGGAGGGGCUGAUUAUUUUUCUACAAAGUAAUUUAUGAUUUUUAAUUUUCUAAUGUGCCUUGGACAUGUGCCAAAUGAUGGAAAAGAAACAGUAAACUUUAUGAUUCUUGA